AUGGAAGUAAAAAAGUUGAUGGGGGUUGAAUUGAGUGAGGGUUGUGUAUGUGGAGGCAAGGGGGAGGAAUUGAAGAAGGCUUUGGAGAUAAUGUCGAGAAGCAGGAAACGGAACCCGAUUUUUGUCGGCGAUUCGGAGCCGGAGACGGUGGUGAAGGAAUUGCUGAGGAAGAUAGUCAACAGGGAAAUUGGGGAUGAUUCGAUUCUAAAAAAUGUUGAGAUUGUGUCAAUUGAAUUAGGGCUUUUAUCCGAUAAAAUUCAGAUAGCAUCGAAAAUUGAAGAAUUGGGAGGGGUGAUCGAGGGCAGAAUCAGGGGCGGUGGAGUGAUCCUUGAUUUGGGGGAUUUGAAAUGGUUGGUGGAGCACCAGAAGCAGCAGCAGCCGGUGGUUUCGGAGACGGCGAGGGCGGCGGUGGCAGGGAUCAAGGCUCUGUUAGCUAGAUUCGGCGGAGAAACCAAUAAGCUCUGGUUAAUUGGAACUGCAACUUGUGAGACAUAUCUGAGAUGCCAAGUUUAUCAUUCAUCCAUGGAGAUUGAUUGGGAUCUGCAGGCUGUGCCUAUUGCUUCCAGAUCGCCUCUGCCUGCGCUGUUUCCCAGGCUUGGAGUUGAGAGAAUAUUGAGCAAUCCGUUGGAGUCUUUGAAUCCGUUGAAGCCGGCGGUAGCGAGCCCUCUGCCGGCUCUAACAAGGGGCCUAUUUGAAAACCCGGGCGCUACUCAACUAUUGUCCAUUUGUCCUAAAUGUUCGGAGAAUUGUGAAAAGGAACAGGCGAAGCUCGCAGCUAUUGAAAAAUCGUUCUCCGAGGCGAAACAGGACACAGUCCCGUCUCUGCCUGCGUGGUUGCAGAAUGCUAAACUCAACGCGGUUGAUGCUAUAACGGAAGAUGAAUCGCAGGGUAAGGAUCAACAUGUUCUUUCAAAGCAGAAGAUGCAGGAGUUGCAGAAGAAAUGGAGGCAGACAUGCUUGCAGCUUCAUCCAAAUUUUCAUCAGAAUACUCGGCUCGAUAGGGCUGAUCCGCCUGCUCUGUCUAUGUCGAGCUUGUAUAAUCCUAACCUUCUGUCGCGCUCGCCCUUCCAGCCGAAGCUGCAGAUGGCCAAGCCUCUCGGGGCAGCUCUACAACUGAAUAUGAAUCAAGCUUCGAGCCAACCUGCGGAUCUCCUCAAUCGCUCCCCUACAAGCCCAGUCAGAACCGAUCUGAAUCUUGGAUGGAAAGGACUGGACAACGGACCUGAGAAAGCUUUGGAGGAUCAUGCUAAAGACUUCUUGGGCUGCAUCUCGUCCGAGCCACAGACUAAGUUGCUUGAUAAAUUCUCUAACGCUUUGGAUGCCGAUACGUACAAGAAACUGCUCAAGGGGCUCAUGGAGAAGGCGUGGUGGCAGGCUGAAGCAGCGUCCGCUGUGGCCUCAGCCAUCACCCGAUGCAGAUUGGGGAAUGGGAAACGACGUGGUGCUGGAACGAGGGGUGACAUUUGGUUGUUAUUCACGGGGCCGGACAGAGUUGGGAAGAAGAAGAUGGCAACGGUGUUGGCCGAUCAAAUGUUUGGGGUUAAUCCUGUGAUGAUAUGCCUAGGCAAACGACGGGAUGAUGAAGAUUUGGACAUUAGUUUCCGAGGUAAAACAGCUGUAGACCGGAUUGCAGAGGUUGUUCGAAGAAACCCGUUUUUGGUGAUCAUGCUCGAGGACAUUGAUGAAGCGGAUAUGCUAGUCCGUGCGAACAUCAAGAGGGCGAUUGAGAGAGGCAGGCUCACCGAUUCUCAUGGCCGUGAAGUCAGCCUAGGCAAUGCCAUAUUCCUCAUCACUGGAGAUUGGUCUGUAACAAAUCCCGACGCUGUAAGAGAAGGUAGGUUCGUGGACGAGGAGAAGCUUGCGUCUGUAGCAACCGGUGGCUGUCAAUUGGGACUGAUCGUUAGAGAAAAGAGUGCGAAACGCAGACCUAAUUGGUUGCAGGAUGAUGAUAGGUCAAUGAAGCCAAGAAGGGAAUCGGAAGCUGGCUUGUCCUUGGAUCUUAACCUCGCAUCAGCAUUCGUCGAGGACGACAAAACUGACGGCUCGAACAAUUCGAGCGACCUGACCUUCGAUCACGAGGAUGAACUCAGCCUUGUAAAUGGGCACUUCUCUGUUACAUCUGUGCCUCAUGACCUCGUGAGCAAUGUGGAUGAUGCCAUAGCGUUCAAGCCCGUGAGCUCGGCUUUUGUCCGAAGGGAAAUCAAGAAAACAAUCACGGUUAAGUACUCCAUGGCCGUGGGCGAGAAGGCGCCGCCUAUACAAGUGGAAGACGACGUGUUGGAGAAGAUCUUAGGGGGGCUGUGGCACGACCGGAGCAGCCUCGAAGAAUGGAUUGAGAAAGUUGUUGCACCGAGUUUCGACCAGCUGAAGGCGCAGCUGUCCUUGUGCGGAGACCAUAGCAACUCGGUAGUUCGCCUAGUGGUGGAGUCGGGCUCGAGCGACCGGGGCAAGAGCCACGGGAAUAGGACUAUUAGCUUACUAAACGCAAAGUUCAAAGAUGAUUUGUGUAGUUCACUUUUGACAGUACAAGUUCUGCUCUUAUAUAAGCAAAUAUAUUACUGCAAAGUUUGA